AAUAGUUGAUGAAAAAGAUAUUUUCGAUGAAACUUAUAUUAAUGUUGAAGAAUUAGUUUUUUUAAAACGUAAAAAUGUAUUCGCAAGAAUAACACUGAUGUCAUACAAUAGUUUAGUACCAACUGGUAAUAAAAAUAAAUAUUGCGUCUUGUGUUCAAUAAAUAUUGAUUUUAAUAAAUUGAAACACCAUGUAGAUAGCCGACAACAUAUUGAUAAUAUGAAGAAAUAUAAAUAUCUUGAGAAAUAUGACAAACAUUUGUUUAGACAGAUUCUACAUACAUACCAUUGUUCCUUAUGUAACAUAAUGUUUACAUAUAGAGAAGUAAAUCUUCACAUAACAUGGCCAAUACAUAAACAACAAUUAGAUAUUUGCCAUAAAAUCGUCAAAAAUAAUAGAAAAACAGACGUAAAAAAUGGCACAAAACAAAUUACUAUUGAUUUGCAAAAAGAAAUCUUAUUCACAACAUAUAUAGAGCCUAAAAUAAAAAUAGGUAUUUAUUAUGAAUUCUCCAAAAAUAUCCAAGAAAUCUCUAAGAAAAGUAAAAUUAUUAUAAAUAAUGGUAGAGUUUUGAAAAUCAGUUGGGAUUCUUGGAAUGGUUUCUUCAAAACUAAAUCCGGUAUAAAAUGUUGUUUGUGUCAAAAAGAUUUGAAAACAUACGAACAGACAAAUCAUUCGAAUAAUUGUGGUCAUUUAGAAAAAUUGGAAGAUAAUUUCUUAAAUGAAUUCAAUCCAGCGUUAAUAAGAAAGAUAAAUGAAAACAUAUUAAACUGUGUGACAUGUAAUACAGAAUUACCAUAUAAAUAUCACAUUAUUAUUGAACAUAUAAAAGGUAAGAAACAUGAAAAUAUUUACGAAUUACUUGUAAAAGAUAGUUCUAUAUGUAACAAUUAUACAGAUUGUGCUGAUGAUAUAUUUACUUUACAAUAAACAGGUGAGAUUUAAUUAUAUUUAUUCGGCAAUUAUAUUAAUAAUUGGCAAUUGCCAAUUAUUCAUAAAUUACGUGAGGUGUUCAAGGGGGGAGGGGGUCAAGUCAAAUCUCAUCUAAUUACGUUAGAGAGAGGAAGGUCUUGGCAAAUAUCACGCUAUUUUUUUUCUUUUUAUAAUAACAAUCCAACGCGUUUACGUAAGAAAGUCACAUUUUUAAAAAUCUCACGUGAGGUUGGGGUUUGGGGGAGGGGGUUGAAUAAAAUCUCACGACAUCACAUCAGGUGGGGAGGAAGGGGCAGAAAAUAAAAAUAAAACACCUUACUUAAUUUAUGGACGCCCCCAAUUGUAUUUAUAUUUCUCAAUUAUAUUUAUAUUUUUGGUUAUUAUAUUAUUAUUUGGCAAUUGC